AUGUCUCAAGAAAUUCGAGAGGAGCUUGAAGAGCGUGGAGUCAAACGCAAGCGCGAUGCGAACAAACGACGCGCCUCGCUAGCAUGCGAGACAUGUCGCAAACAAAAGGAAAAAUGCGAAGGCGGGCCACCCUGUUGGCGAUGCGAGCGACUAGGUCGACCUUGUCACUUCCAACCCCAGCCUCCCUCGAAGAAAGCGAUGUGCACAGUACAAACAGCCUGCUCGCCACAGGGGCUGAAUGAAAGUAGUCGACGCCUGGAAAGUCUUGAGAAAAUCGCUCGCCAUUUUCUCGGAGACGUACCCCUAGAUGGUGGAAGUCUCGCGCAAAUUGCAGCCAAAUGUACAACUAAAAAUGGAGCUGAGGGUGCUUGGGACGUGAACGAAUCUUUCGACGUUCAGUUUGUGUCAAGGGAUGUCGCAUUCUAUUCGGGAGAGUUUUCGCACUGGAACUUUGCAGAAAGGUUGCGACGGUCGAUGAGCGAUCAACGUGACACAAUCGAACCAGCAGUCAAAGAAUACUGGCGCCCUACCCAUCUUCAAUCAUCCAUCCUAGUCAUUACCGAAGCAUUGAGUGAAUUACCCCCAAAGCCGAUUGCUGAGUUUCUGAUCAAUGUGUUCUUCAAGUAUGGAGAGGUCAAUAAUUUCUGGCUGCAGCGAGAUUGGAUUGAGGACAAAAUUCGUAUUUGCUACAGCCCCAAUAGCGAAUACAUGACGAACGACAUUCCUUGGGUCUGUUCUUUCUUUGCAGUCCUCGCUAUAGGUACUCAAAUGGCGCACAUGGAAGAGGAUAAGUUAAACCCCGAUUUGGACGCUAUGAAUGAUUACUCUGCUUGCUCCGAAGAUUCAGUCGGUCUUGUUUUCUAUCGUGUCGCUUGCAGAUUGAUCCCAGAUGUCAUUUUGGCCGCUUCCCAAGAAAGUGCACAAGCCUUUCUACUUCUUGCCGCCUAUGGACUACCAGUCUCAACCGGUGGCCUAUCUUAUACCUAUUUUGGCUUGGCUUUGAAAAUGGCUAUUCAAAAUGGUAUGCACCGGAAGUGUUCAGAGGUGGAAUGUGACGGUCGGACCAUUGAGUUCCGAAAUCGCUUGUUCUGGUCAAUCUAUACCCUGGAACGGCGGACCAGCAUCAUGCACGGGCGACCCGUUUCAAUUGCUCGGUCGGAUAUUAGUGCAGAUCUACCCAUGGCGCAUCCUGCAUUCAUAUCGCCAAACUAUUCCAACCUGAUGGCGUUCAUCAAUGUGGUUUUUUGGACUAGCGAAGUAGCGGAGACAUUAACCCUUCUGAAAAAAUGUCCAAAAAGACUGAUCCCUGACUACUCUGACCGUCUCAUGCGAUUGCGAAGUUCGAUCAAACAGUGGUGGGAUUCCCUUUCUACAAACCUCGAAUGCAAAGACUUGAAUCCGCGAGGGCCAUUAUUUCGACAGAAUUGUCAUUUGAAGAUGUGUUACAUGCUCAUUCAUAUUUACAUGGGCCGGCCUUUUAUCUUCGAAUCCAAAGACAGGGGACGACAACCGGAAACCGGAUCCUCCAGCACCAAGUCCCCGAGUCUUUGGUCAGGCUUGGUAGAGGAUUGCGUGGAGAGCGCAUUGGAAAUUCUCGAUGCUCUCCAAUUACUAUCUGACAAUAUCGGCCUCUGCCGUGCUUCUUAUACGGAAUUUAGUUCCUGUCGUGCCGCUCUUCUCGUCAUUCUUGCGGAAAGCUUGAAUGUCGGAAAGUCACCAAAGCUUCGAGAGGGAUUGAAUCGUGGCAUGGUGCUGAUACGACAGAUGAUAGGAGGAACGGCUUCAGAGUCAGAGACCUCAUAUAUCGAGGCCAUUGAAGUAGCCAUUCGCAAUUUAUCAUCGAAGGAAGACGAAUUUAUUAGUAUGGAUGUCAGCACGGAGCAGACUCCAUCCUCUGCUUAUGCCAGAUUCAAGGACUGGACUCAAUCUAUGAAGAAGGAUAGGGGUCCCGGCAGCCAUGUGGAACUUUCGUCCUUCAGCCCUAAAUUCAAUAUUUCACCGGGGACCGAUGAAAGCGUGUUCCACAACGAGAUGCAUGAUAUCGCAGAUUUCUUCAAUCCUCCCUGGUCAGUUGGCGACGUGGUGCUCGAUCCAGGGAUCUUUGAAACAUGA